UCCAUCUUUUCAUUGUUAUUUAAAUUUGCUUGGGCAUCUUUUGGUGCAUUGUCCAGGCAGUUUGCACCAAGGAGGAGGUCCAUCAGGCUAAGACAGUGGAGAAUAGGGGUGUGCAAAAAUAUCAAAAUAUUGACAUAAUAUAUCACUUAAUGUGAUGAUACAGUAUCGAUUUUAUGGGCUGCUGUAUCGAUAUAUCGCCAAGAGUAUUUUUUUUAUAUAUUUUAUGCAAUUAUUUUGUUACAGUGCCACAGAUUUGUUGCUUGUUUAGAGGAAGGAAGCUCAUUUAUGCAACACAUUUGGCAUAUUCACUGUUUUUGAUGAUUAAAGUGGGCGCGUUUCAUAUUCACUUUGCACAAGAAGUGGUUUAUGAAAGACUUUAGUAUCACGGCCAUUAUUUACCCAUGAUUUUUAUUUAACCGUAUCCAAUCGAAUUGAAAUGUAUCGUAUCGAAUCAAAAGUGCACUGUAUCGAGAUAUAUAUUGUAUCAUGGCCUAUGUAUCGAUGUUUGUAUCGUAUCGGCAACUUAAUGAUACCCAGCCCUACUGGAGAGUGGAAUCUGCUUCAGCAAAUAGUUUAUGGGGCUACAUUAUAUAUUACACUGGCUACUUCUAUGGCAGGAGGAAUGCUUAAUUAUUAUUACUUAAUUAUCCAGUUGCCCCCCCAGUAAUGAUAAAUUAUAUAAAAAAGAGAAACUUGAAAAACCAAAAAGGGCGUGCCAACAGGCCCAAACUAAUGAUUCCCUGUCAUAUCUCUCAGAAGCAAUUUUACAUUCAUAAUGCGCAUUAUGCUACACGUGUCAGGAAAGGUCAGAUAAUCUCUUUGUUGCUAGGUAACAACCAUAGCAACAAGAUCCGUGAUGUGCAAAGUUUGACACUGAAGGUUUCUAAUGUUUUCCACUUUUGAAGCACAAUUUAAGGCAAAUACUCUAAUGUUAUGAGCAAUGAAAAAUCACCUUUAACGCAUUAGACAAGGCACGCUUUCUGUUUUGCGCUGCAGUUACUUGAGCCUAUUUGAAGCGCCUUGGCCGAGUGUGACCACUGCAGCCGGAGACUUUUAUGGACAGCACCCCGACGUCAGUCCGGGGCGCUUUUCACCGUGAAGAUGGCGGAGGCUGCCGUCCCACCACUUCGCUUUUUCUGCCACAUUUGUAAAAGUGAAACAACCCCAAAUCUCCCGGACUUGGUUUGCCCCAAGUGCGAUUCAGGUUUUAUCGAAGAAGUGGAUGAAAACUCCAGUUUAUUGCAGAACAAUACAUCCUCGGAAAGAUCAGAACCAAACUCAAUGUUCCCAGAGUUAUGGCAGAUGCUGUUUAUGGAGCGUGCAGCCCUGCUCUCUAACCCAUCCUCAGAAUCAGAGCUUGAUGACAGCGAGGCCUCCUCCGCCAACAGCUCCUCUCUCUCCUCCGUCUCCCUGACCUCUGACCUGCUUGAGCCCAGAGAAUCUCAAACUUUAGUUGACCAUGAGCAAUUAUCAUCAUUGCCAUUAUCACUGUCUCAGCAAAGCCCAGAGAACGAGGGAGUACUGCAGCAGUUCUUUGCUGGUCUUUUCAACAUUAACAGUGACACUGCUACUUCUGCUACAUCAUCUACCAGAGGGCUUCAGUUGCAUUCUAACCCAGGAGACUAUGCCUGGGGCCAUAGAGGGUUAGAUGCUGUUAUUACAGAUUUGUUAGGACGUUAUGAUAACGCAGGACCACCUCCAGCAAACAAGGAUUCAAUCUCGUCUCUUCCAACAGUCUGCAUCUCUAAAGAACAUACAGACAGCCGACUAGAGUGUCCAGUCUGCAGGGAGGAGUAUUCUUUGGGUGAAUGGGUCAGACAACUGCCAUGUCUGCAUUACUUCCACAGUGACUGUAUAGUGCCGUGGCUGAAGCUGCACGAUACCUGCCCCGUGUGUCGCAAAAGUCUCACUGGUGUGGACCACUGCCUCUCGACCUCUCUGUCCUUAAGUUCAGACAGAUCGACCGAAGAAUCUGAGGAACAGGCCAGAGCAAUGUGCCAAUGAACUGUGCAUCUGAAAUAUUUGCAUCUAUAUAUUUAUAUAUUUACAAAUGAUUUUGCAUUUCAACUGCUCAGGAUCUCACUCUUUAACUGCGAUGCAAGAUGAACACUUGCUAUGCCUUCUUAAGGACUUCAGUGUGAUGCCAGUGUCAUGAUAAACUGAGCUGCCUGUGGACGUGCAAAUGUUGGAUGAUUUAGUCUUGUUUAGAUUACACUUCACAUUGGCACAGGUCAAUAAAAUCUAAAUCACAACCACCAAAGCAAUAGAACAUGAUGUGAUAAACAUGAUAAAGUUUAAGAUGAAGAUCACAACAGGAGUCACUUAUGCACCUUCUUAAAACUAAUUUUACCUUACUUAACCUUCAUUGCAGUUUACAACAGUGUGGUGAGAUAAUAAUUACUUCAUUUUCAAUAUGAUUUAAUAAAAUAAAGUAUGAAAACUC